CUCUUACAGGCUUCUGAAAAUCUGUCUAAUGAAUGAGGUCAAAUCUCUCAGAGGUUGAACUCACAGUUUGUGUCCACGCUGAGCUUUAACCUUUAACCUUUAACCUGGAUGAACAUCGUUUCUUUUCAGGGGUCGCAGGAUAAAAAGGUUGGGAGUUACUGUGUGAGUCUAAAAUGGCACCGUACAGGACGUUAACUCCACCUCUCUGUCUUUGUCUCCCUCAGGACAAACCUUUCUGUUUUACAUCCACAGAGCUGCUGCUCAAUAAUCAGAUUAACUGUUCAAAGAGAGGGAAAAUGACCGUCACAGGUUUCAGCCAGCAGUCCAGAGAAUAUUAACUUUACUGUGAUGUAAGAUGGAGGCAUUUAGCUCCUCUAAGUGAAGAUUCAUUUAUCAGAUGACUGAUUAAUUCACUUCAGUUAAUUAGAGAUUAAACGCUCCUGCUGACUUCUCUCAUGAAUGAAAUGUGACAUUCCUCAGGUGGAGUCUCCUCCUCUGAGAGUUUUCAGGGUGAUCAGUCGGUGCUGAGGAUCCCGGUGGCAUCUUGUGUUGAUGUUGAUCCGUUUAUCUGGUCGGUCGGCCUCCUCAGGCUCUCAGCUGCUUACAGCUCAAGAGGAUUAGAGUUUCUCUGCAGGAGGAUCAGAGCAGAGCAUCAGGCAGAGAGGAAGCAGAGAAUGGAGCUGUGCGGUCGGGUGGAGGCGUUCAGGCUCCUGCUGCUGCUGCUGGUGGUCGGGCCGGUUCUGGCUCAGGUCCGUCACCCUCUGCCUGUGCUGUGGAUGAUGCCGGUCAGCUCCGGGUCGGGGGAGGAGAACCUGACGGCCGGCGUGGGUCCGGCUGUGAGACUGGCUCUGCAGGACCUGAAGAAACAACCGGCGCCACUGGGGAACUACGAGAUCCAGCUCCAGCUGCUGGACUCACAGUGCGACCCUGCGACGUCACUCAAAGCUCUGUUCGACGCCAUGUGGGCGGGGCCAAAGUACCUGCUGCUGAUCGGAGGGGUGUGUCCAUCUGUGACGGCGCUCAUCGCUCGCUCUCUGCCAGCUCUGAACCUGGUGCAGGUAUCUUUCGCAGCCACCUCCCCCGGCCUGUCCAACAGGAAGUGGUACGGGAACCUGUUCAGCACGAUGCCGUCAGACCGAGCUCUGAACCAGGCCACGGUCAAACUGCUGCAGCGCUACAAGUGGACCAGAGUCGGCCUCAUCACCCAGGACCGACCCAGACUCUCGCAGAUGAAGAAGGAUGUGGUCAGGCAGCUGCUGAAGGCCGAUGUCCAGGUGGUUUCCACAGAGAGUUUCUCUGAGGACGUCUGCAGCAGCCUGAAGAGGCUGAAGGAUCGAGACGUUCGGAUCUUCAUCGGACAGUUUGAAGAGGAUUCUGUCUCUGAGGUUUUCUGUUGUGCGUACAGACUGAACCUGUUUGGAGCUCGGUACCAGUGGAUCGUUGUCGACGGGGGGAUGUCCGGGUGGAGGCUGGGUUGGCAGGUUUCGGGCUGCACGGCCAACAGCCUCCUGACGGCUGCAGACGGAUCCAUCAGGCUGCAGAGCAGAGAGCUCGGCGGCACCAACACCCCGGGCGUCUCUGGACGGACUCCUCAGGACUACCAGGACUCGUACCUCAGGCAGCUGAUCCAGGACGGCUCGCGGUCCGGCCCCCUCCACGCCUUCGCCUACGACGCCGUCUGGGUCGCCGCCACAGCGGUGAGUCAGGUGAUGGAGGAGGUGAAGCUCAGAGAGAAGUACAGCGUGCAGAGGAACGUGACGCUCAGAGAGGAGGAGGUCCAGAGGAUGCUGCUGGAGGCCGUGAAGAGGACCCAGAUCCAAGGGAGUCACGGUGAGUUCAGGUUCACAGGACCAGUUUUCUUUAGAAAUGGAGAGAGGAUGACGACGAUCGAGCUGAUCCAGUUUCAAGGCAGCGGUGGUGUGUUGGUGGGUGAGUUCAAUACAACCACCCAGCAGCUCCGACUGCUGCACCACCUGCUAAAGUUCAAAGGUCCAGGACCACCCAGAGACCAGACCCUGGUUCUCCGGCAGCUCCGUGGCGUGAACCUCGUCCUGUACGUCGUCGUCUCCUCGGCUGCAGCUGUGAUCAUCAUCGUCGUUCUGAUCGUCCUCUGCUUCAUCGUCCACCACCGCAGACACUGGCUGCUGAGAUCCAGCACUGGAUCCCAGGACCAGCUGCUCCUGCUGAGCAUCCUGGUCUCCUCCUCCUCAGUCCUGAUCUCUGGUCUGGAUCAAGCCUCAGUGUCCAACAGGACGUUAGAGAUUCUCUGUUCUGUUCGUCUGUGGACUCUGUCUGUGGGUCACACUGUGGGCUUCGCUGUGCUGUUCACCCAGACAUGGAGAGUCCACUCACUCUGCAGUGUCAAACACAAGCAGCAGAGUCGUCUGUGGAGAACAGGGAGUGUCGUGCUCUGGAUGUUCCUGCUGGACGUGUUUGUUUUAACCUCCUGGCAAAUCCUGGAUCCUCUCAGACGGGUGGUGCUGCAGCAUCGCUCAGAGAGCAGCUCAGCUGAUCAGGACGUUCUCAUCAGGCCGUACUCUGAGCACUGCAGCAGCAUCAACAUGGAGCUGUGGUUCACUGCUGUCUACGGAUACAAAGGACCCCUGCUGGGUCUGGGAUGUUUCCUGGCCUGGAGCAUCAGGUCCGUACCGGUGGAGCAUCCGGCCGUCGGCAGGAAACACCUGACUCUGAGUGUGUUUGCUGUGACAGUGUUCAGCGUGUCAGGAGUGUCAGGAUCGCUGCUGACGUCCCACAAUCCUCCUCUUCAGUUCUGUCUGAGCAGCGUCCUCAUCCUCUGCUGUAACAUCUGCGUCCUGAGCUGCAUGUUUGGACCGACAGUCAGUCCGACUCUCUCCUCCUUUUCUAAACUCGCAGACUGUGAAGUUAAGAGACGUUUUACUUUCAGCGAGCUGCAGGGUGAAGCUGAGGAGGAGGAGGAGGAGGAGGAGGAGCUGAGCAGGUUAAACCAGCAGCUGAAGAGUCAGACUGUGCAGCUCGACGUAGAGAUAGAAACCAUCACCAUGCAGCUGUCUGAGAUGUUUCAUCGUGUGACGAGAGCAACCAACGGUGAAGUCAGAUCUGUGAGCUGGACUCAUGAAGCUCACAUCUGUGCUGACGACAGAAACUCAGAGAGGAAACCUUCGAGUCCGGACGACAUCAACUCUCCUGAACACGUGCGGCGGCGUCUCUCCGUUCAGCUGCCGAUCCUCCAUCACUCCUACCUGCCCGUCGUCGGUGGCGUCAGCUCCAGCAGCUCCAGCCUGUUCGGCAGCCGAGAGGCCUUCGUUCACCACGACCUGCUGAUGACCACGACAACAUCCUGUCCUCCUGACGGCGGCAUACACCUGGAGCCACGUCACUGCUGAACCAAUCAGACGACAGCUGUGGCCUUCACCUGUGACUGUGGCUUUAAAGAAGAUCAGAGAAGAACAGAAGCAAGCUGCUGCUCAGAGACUGGCUCUGCUGGUUUUAAAUGUGAAACUGUUGCUGGUUUUUAAUUUGAUUUGUAAUAAAAAUAAACAACAAAACAACAGAAAUCUGCCUGUUUAACCAUGUGAGCAGGAAUCGCCCGGACACUGAGCAGAGAUCUGUGUCGUCUGUUUGCUCUGGCAGCACGUCGGUGUUUCAGCAGCUCAGAAUUCCUAAAAUGAUGAAAUCCAUCCAAACAUGAGCUUUGACCUGCUUCACUGCAGUUUAACCUGAUAAUACUUUCACUUUCUGCACAUUAGAGGUCUGAACAGGCCGGUGUUGGUCAGUCACACUCUGUGGAAACAUACUGACAGCAAAUUGAACUCAAGCUUCAGUUUUGCCCUGAUUCAUGAGAGCAGAAUCAGAUUUGAUCGUGCAGUCCUGAUCAUGGACAACCUUGUUUCUGAGUCUACUCUCUCAUCUGUUUUAGCUUCUGACCUCCUGAGAUCACAGGAGGCAGUUAACAGGACACCGUCACACCUGGACACCAGGGUCAUAUGGUCAUGUCUCUUUCAGAUGGGCGACACAUUCAUGCUUUUGUCUGUAGAAAACCUUGUUGUAGUAACAGGUGGUGGUCUGAUCAGGGGAGAGGUUGUUUCUGGAGCUGUUGUGGUGCAGCUCUUUUGAAACCAUAGUUUCACUCUGAGCCAUCCACCCUGCCCUUCCACCACCAUCGUCAUCCCAUAUCAUCCCAUAUGAGGCAGAACCAUCAGAGAACCUCAGAGGAACUUUCUCCAAACAUAAUUUCCCAGUGCACAAAACAAAAACUGGUUCAUCCCGAGGACAAGACACAGAAGAACAAACUGAGCAACACUGUGUAUGCUGUGCAUAGUUGUUGAUCCUCCCUGGGUCAACAACCAACAACUAAUCCACACCACACAAAUGAGUCACAUCUUGACUGAUCAACGACUCUCUGGACCACCUCCAAAGAAGCCUUGCAGAUCAGACGGGAAACCUAAAAGGAGUACAGUUUCCUUCAACUGUCUUCACUCCUGAUACUUUAAGUAAAGUUUUCUGGUAAUACCUCUGUAGUUUUGCACAAGCAAAACAUCAGAUACAUGACUUUUACUUGUAGGAGGCUGUUUUUAAUUGCCAGGAUCUGAAUGGCUGCAGGGUUUAUUACAACAUCAAAUACAAACAGUGUUGGGAAACAUGAGAAACCACCACCCAGAGUUCACCUUCACUUUCAGCUCUCUCUACUUUAUUAACACUUUGUUUCCCCCUGUUGUCCUGCUGAUGUGAUGAAAUCUGCUGUGUCAGCUGUGUGGAAAUAACAGAUGCAGCCUGCCAGGUGACAGACACUGGGAAUGACUGUCCAAUCAGGGAGGAGGAGGAGGAGGAGGAACGUCAGGACUCUAUAAAAUCAUCUGGAUGUUUGACUGAGCUGUGACUGGGAGACAAAGACUUCCUCCAGAUUAUCAUCCAUCAUGUUUUCCUUCAACAUGCUCCUCUCUGUUCUGGCUCUGACUCUGCUGGUUCUUUCUGCGGAGGCUUCCACUGGAGGCACUCCCAACCACAACUACGACCUGUCCGGUCAGGCCCUGACC